AUGAAGUCGGCUCUUACUAUUCUCUCCGUCCUUGCGACCAUCUGCCUCGCAGCCCCACCAAUCACUCCCGAGCCUGCCCUGGCAGGAUCACCCAGCGAACUGGCCGUAUGUAUUCACCCAACGUUCGACAAACCACAAGCCUGA